AUGGGCUUAGAGGACGUAUAUCAAAAUUAUGUGAGCAAGAUUUAUCGUAAUUAUCUAUGCACUUUAAUUAUAAUCCAUAUAAUUAUCACUAUUGUUCAUUCAAUAGUAACAUAUCAUUUUCAAAAGGAUGGGGAGCACGUGGUAUACGAUUUUUAUAUAUACUUGGGUGGAGCAGGACUAACUUGUCUUAUACUUCAAAUUUACUUGAGCAAAAAAUAUGGAGAUAGAGUUAUGGUACCGUUUAUAGUCUCUUGGGCAGGUGCUUUCACAAUGGCAGCAACUGAUGUUUUGGUAAAUUUAAGUCAUUAUAUUACCUAUCAGCAGACGCUACGUCCUUGCUAUGCCGGCUAUGUAAUAUCGACUGUUUAUCUAUUUAUGCCUUUACAAGGAUUUCUACAACCACUUCUUUUGGGCUGCUCGAUCAGUGUGUUUUAUGCAGCGGACUUUUUAAUAGUAACGAAAUCGGCGGAGGAAUCGAGAGACAUAGAUUUGGCCUUAUUUGUACCUGAUCUUUUCUUUCUAGUCGGUUUAAAUAUGUUGGGAAUAUUUAAUCGGUGGAGACGCGAAACUGUAACACGUAUCGUAUUCCUUACGAGACGUCAAACAUUGGAGCAAUCACUUAUCUGGAAAUAUGCUAAACACCAAGAGAAAAGUCUCCUAGUAAGCAUAAUACCGGAGCCGAUAGCGAAAAAGAUUGGUCAAGAAAUUCAAUAUCGUAUUCAAAGGGCCAAGGUCGGUGCUUUAACGGACGAAAACGGAAGGAAACUCUUCAUUGAAUCUCAUGAGGAUGUAAGCAUUCUUUUUGCCGACUUGGUUAAUUUUACAUUCUUGACAACACAAUUGGAUGUCAAGAGUUUAGUGGAAAUUCUACAUGAUCUAUUCCAAAGAUUUGAUAAAGCGUGCAAGCAAUUUAAUGUAAUGCGUAUAAAAUUUUUGGGUGAUUGUUACUAUGGCGUUUCUGGCGUACCAGUCUCGCAUCCACUGCACAGUGUUUGCUGCAUUGAAUUGGGACGUUCUAUUAUAAAGAACGUACGCGAAGUUAGAGCCAUUAAAAAUGUGGACAUCGAUAUGCGUGUCGGUAUACAUUCCGGUAGUUUGUUGGCGGGCAUCAUUGGAUCAUCCAAAUGGCAAUAUGAUAUUUGGUCCAAGGAUGUUAAUAUAGCUAAUUGCCUCGAAUCGACAGGUCUCCCAGGACGCGUUCAUAUAAGUAAGGCCACGUUAACCUUAGCUGAUGGUUAUUACAUUUGCGAAGAAGGCACCGAAAGAGCCAAAUCGCAUCCGACAUUAUUGAAAUAUAAUAUCAAAACUUUCUUAAUAAUUGAACCGAGCGUAAGUGAAGAGGCAGAUUACAGGUUUUACAAUCUUGAAUCGGUAGAUGCGAGCUUUGACGACGCCUAUCAGCUUGAAUAUCAGGAGAUUGUUAAUAGAGCAAGAGAACUGAUGGAGCUGGAAAUAGAAAAUUUACCUAUUUGUAAACUGCAAUUUUACGGCCGCUGGUUUACUCGACAGCGUCGUUUAUUACCCGACGAGAUUGAAGAAUACCGGGCCAAAAGUAGCAUAAGUAGUGUUUGCUUAAUAUUUGGUGACUGGAACUGGGAAAUCAAAUAUUUAGCGUAUAGGGCAGACGAGUUUUAUAAAUUUCCCGUUAUAAUAUCCUUUUUAAUAUUACUUUGCGUAAUCGCCAUGCAAGCCGCAAAUAAAUACAUUCAAAAUAUGUUUGAAUUUUGGAUUAUAAGCGGUUUUAUGGUUUUGCUUCUUAUAAUACCUAUCGCAUUUAUAUGGCAUAAAAAUAUUGAGCACAGUCUUUACCGGCUUUUACCAUUAAAAAGAUAUGUACGACGUUCGAUGACGGCAUUCCGAGCAAGUAGACUGACCGUGGGAAGGAGGAUCGCUAUACGUUCUCUAUUAUAUUUAAUGGGAAUGACGGCGAUUUUAAUCGCGUCUUACGUUCAUUUGAUACUUUGCGAUAACACUGUACUGGAAAAUGAUGAUGAGAUUAUAUAUCUUUUAUUGGAAGAAGGCGUACGAACGUUGUGCUUUAAUUCUUGGGCCGUCACUGAAAGUUUGUGCUUAUACGUGGCUUUAGCGCUAAGUUGGCCACGUAUAUCGUUUUUGUUGUCCUUGAUGUUGACGAUCCCGUUACUAAUAGUUUAUAUAAUAAUGGUGUUAAACGAAUUCUCUUUAGUUUUCGAAGCCAGUAUAUCGACUAAUGAAGGUGCAUCCGCUGAGUUUGCCCAUAUCUGGGGCCUUCUCAUAAUAUUUUAUACUCACAUUCUGAUCGCUCGCCAUAUAAUAUUUAUAUCGAAAUGUAAUUAUUUCAAUAGGUGGCAAUUGCAAGAGAAAACUGAAAAUUCCAACAUCACAAAUGAAUCCAUCCGCGUGUUAUUGCAUAAUAUAUUGCCAGCGCAUGUGGUUCAAAUAUAUUUAACGAAACGUUUACAAACUGAACCUUUCUACGAACAACACGAUUAUGCAGCAGUAAUGUUCGCGACAAUUAUCCAUAGGCGAACCGACUCAAUGGAUUUGCGAUUAAUGAAUGAAAUUAUAUGCGAUUUUGAUGAAAUCUUGAGUUUUUAUAAAUAUCCGGUGAAAGUUGAAAAAAUCAAAGUUAUAAAUUGGACUUAUAUGGCUGCGUGUGGUUUAAGUGCAAAAAGGGACUAUUGGCAUGACAGCCUGCAAUCGGUUAAGUCAGUAUUUGUACCGAAUCGAUAUACGCGUAAACAAACCAUACAAAGACUAACGACGUUAAGUGUUGCAUCAGUAGAAUCUGAAAAUCCCUCGCUGGAAAACUUGAAACCGAGAAAGUCUAUUUUACCUGAUUCGGUUGCUUCCAACGACUACGAUCGUGAUGAUGACGAUAGUGAUAAUGACGAUAGCGAUGAUGAUGAUAGCGAUGAAAAUGAUAAUGAUUUUCCUAUAUCUAAAAGUCGGACAGCGCGUAAAGGUCGUGUAGUGCAGGUUUUGGCAAAUUUUGCCGUUGACUUUCUAAAAGUUGUGAAAUCCUUCAAUGAAUCAAUGCAGAAAGCCCGAAAUUUCGAUAACCCACCAAUUCAACUCAGAAUUGGUAUUAAUUUAUUGCUAUUUAAAUUUAACAAUUACGGAUUACCGAUAAUGCAUUUUCAAUUAGGCAUUAGCUCUGGCGAAGUUAUGGCCGGGGUAGUUGGAUCUUUUCAGGCGCAUUAUGAUGUAUGGGGUAAUGCUGUAAAUAUGGCCUCACGCAUGGAUACUACCGGUGAACCGGGACGUAUUCAAGUUACCGAAGAAACUGCCGAAGUCUUACGUUCUUUUGAUAUUGGCUGCACAUAUCGUGGCUUAACUGAAGUAAAAGGCCGAGGAAAUAUACCCACCUACUUUAUCAAUGUCGAUGAAGAGUUUAAGUUUCAAGAGCAGUAGUUAUCAGCUUUCCAGUCCAGUCCUUCUAAUUCUUAAAGAAAACACGAAAUUGUCAUUGUAUAAUAAAAAAAACUGCACAGCAAAAUACAUAUAACAUCUAUUAAACUUGGAGUAAACGUUGAUUAUUUCCUGAGAAAAUUCUCAAAUAAAUAAUCAAACGGCAUUACAUCAAACAAGUAGGGUGUUUAUGUUCGAUUACUUCGAUAAGAGUAAAAUAUGUAAAAUUCUUACGGAUUUAUCGUAACGCCCACGUAACUAGACGUUUUUUUAUUAUAUCGAUCGAUUUAGAAUCACUUUUCAAAUUAAUUUAAUUUGAUUUUAUUUGUCUGUCCCAACAUUGACCUUAUGUCUGCCGCCCCACGCUUUUUCUUUUUUUUUUUACAAAGUGCGGGCUUUUGAAGUUUUUCGGCAAACACGGACCCGUUUCUAUCGUUCACAGGCGGCCUUGAUAUUCAAACAUGACGAAGCCGGUCCACCACUAUUUCCAAAUCUACUUUAAACGCUUUGUAUACCGUUUUAGACGCCCACAUCAUUGACAUACACGAAAAAGAUAGAUUUUGUUUUCAAACCAUUUUUGUCGUUAGAAAAAUUAAAGAGCUCUCGAAAGUAUAUAGUAACGAAGAGUAACUCUUCAACACACAGCGUAAUGAUAAUUAUGCUCGUUUUCGUUCAGGUCAAUCUUAUGCUAUUAUUAUAAUUUUUAUUUUUUGCCCGGUCCUCGUUCAUACGAACAGUUUUUCUCUAUAAUAUUUCACUUUUCAAAUAUUAUAAAUCUAUAUCGUGAUCGAUGAGACCAAUUACUUGGAACUUCAGUAACAAUAAACGAUCCGUAGCAAGCAGAUAUUCUUCGGUAAGUAAAUCGAA